UUAUCAUUAAUCAUUAAACAAAUCAAAAAACAAAUUUACCAACUAGGCCCAUUCGUUCCUCGACAGCCAAUGCAUGCCUAGGUACCUUCCCCAGAUUGAUGAAACAAUACCUAUCCAUCUCUACUUACUGUCUAUCUAUCCCGCGUCCACCUCUCUUCGUGCAUGCCGCUUCCCAUAAGUUGCAUUCCUCUAGAUAGCUAGCUCGAGUUGCUUCUCUUCCAUUUCUACACAAUCAUUCUUCUUACUCCUUUGCGAAAAGAAAGCUUUCCAUUUACCAUAUUUACGAUUCUCAAUCCCCGGACAGGCUUCGACAUUCAAUCUCUUUCUUCUCUAUUUGAUAUAGUGAUACACACCCUCGGUAGCCGUUGACCCCACCAUACCAUACCGUACACCGCGUUCACAGGCCCAGAUCGCGAUCCCCUUGUCCCUCUGCAGAAAAAAGGAAGAGACGGAACCAACAAACCUUCUCCCGUCUGUUCGUGUAUGAGACGAUACGUUAUAACAAAGUAAGACUGAUUGUGCCUGAUACCUUGGACGAUAGGCCAAAUCAAUUCACUACUACAGCCCUUCCCGGGGUUUGGAGAGCGACGAAAUAUCAGCGGGGUGCUCCCAGUAAAACGCGGACAACAAACCGACAACACGACCUGACAUCAGCAGUGGCGUUGUCUCAUUUCUCUUUCCAACUCAAAUCGAUUUUGAUUUUGAGUAAUGGCGCAUGAGAUGAGUGGUGUUGUAGAUCCUGAGACUUUGUAUACAAAGCAGAAUUGCAUCGGCGGUGGUAGUUUUGGUAAAGUUUACAAAGGAGUUGACAAGCGCACCGGGCAGGCUGUAGCCAUAAAAGUUAUAGACGUUGAAAAUGCCGAAGAUGAAGUCGAAGAUAUUAUUCAAGAGAUCUCUAUCCUUUCCGAAUUACAUUCCCCGUUUGUUACGCAAUACUAUGGAUCAUAUCUUAGAGGUUCGGAUCUUUGGAUCGUUAUGGAAUUCUGCUCGGGUGGUAGUUGUGGCGACUUGAUGAAGCCGGGUCUGAUACAGGAGGAAUAUAUUUCGAUUAUCAUACGGGAACUUUUGCUAGGGUUAGAUUAUCUUCAUGGAGAUAAGAAGCUUCACAGAGAUAUUAAAGCUGCAAAUGUUCUACUGGGCGCCAAUGGACAAGUUAAGCUCGCGGACUUCGGUGUUUCAGGCCAAUUAUCUGCUACCAUGACCAAGAAGAAUACAUUUGUUGGAACUCCAUUCUGGAUGGCCCCGGAAGUCAUCAAACAAUCUGGUUAUGACCACAAGGCGGAUAUAUGGUCUCUGGGAAUUACAGCACUCGAGCUCGCCAACGGCGAACCUCCAUACUCUGAUAUUCAUCCAAUGAAAGUUUUGUUUCUCAUACCUAAGAAUGCGCCCCCAAAAUUAGAAGGAAAUUUCACCAGGGCUUUCAAGGAUUUCGUCGAAUUGUGCCUUCAACGAGACCCGAGAGAACGACCGUCGGCCAGAGAAUUGUUGAAACACGCCUUUGUUCGGAAAGCCAAGAAAACAUCAUAUUUGACGGAAUUGAUAGAGCGAUACGAACGUUGGGCAGUGCAUCACAAGGGUGACGAUGAUGACUCGGAUAAUGAACGAGAAGAAGCUCCCCGACCUAAGCCUGUCGAUGAAGACUUGUGGGAUUUUGGUACGGUCCGACCAGUUGGCGGAAGAGGGAAUGGAAGGGUUGGGCUGAAUACUAUGGGAGAAUCUGACACGAAUGCAAGAGCAUCGAGGCUAUCAGAGGAGAAUAAUUAUGCAGAGCGCCCGAGACAGCAGUCGCCCUCGAAAUUAAAAGAACCAGGAUAUGUCUCGAGUAUUGAAACUGUCAAAGCAACAAAUUGUCCAGUAGAUGCACAACCAAGGCAACCUUCUCCACAGAGACGGCCUGUUCCAAGUAUUCAGACUUCAAUGUCUCCUACUAAGGUCCCUCUUCCACCAUCACCAGAAAAAUUCAGACCUCCAGGAUUGGAGACACCUAGAACGGCUGCGAGCUAUAUAAAUAGACAAGUUUCUGAUUCUCCUGAUUAUGAUCGUACUUUGCAAGAACAACUCCAAAGAGAUAUGGGAUUUCUGAAGCUCGGUGAGCCAUCUCCACCGCCAUUGCGAAUACCCCCUUCUACCGCCCCAAUACCAAUACAGUACACGAAUCAAAAUACACCGCCUUCAGCAUUACCACGGCCAAAUACGCAACAGUCAUUACCAAAACUUGCCCCUAUCAAAUUGCCUGAAAUUCCUCCAUUCCGUGGUAGCGGUCAGCCUCAACCACUGCAGCAAAGACUUCCAAACCAAGUACCUACUGCAGAGCCUCGGAAACAGCAACAGCAACAGCCACUUCCAUUACCUCCCAACCCUACAGGCCUUCAGAAUAUUAAUCUACGCCAGACAGGUCAGCAGCCAUUACCUGCAUUACCAUCGAAAAAAUUACGCAAUACUCCUUCUCAAGAAAGUAUAUCAUCUCAAUCUUCUAGAGCUCCAUCAUCUAUGCCUUCACCUGCUCCUGCUAGUCCAACCGGCGAUCUCGAUGCCUUGAACGAUGUGAUCUUUCCUGCGCUUGAAGAAGCACUCAAAAGACGUCAGUAUCGCUUACAACAUGCUUUUCGCACGACUGGAGCCACUCCAAAGCAACAAAGGGCACAAGCUGCUCAUGAGAAAUUACGAAAAUUAGUUUAUAAGCUUGCACAUGUGUGCAAAGAAAUCGACCAUUGGGAUAAACAGGAACCAGUGGGGAUGGGGAAGGAUGUGGAUGUUUUCCUCGAGGGAUUGUUAGAGGAAAUUUUGGUCAGGGUCGAACCAGCUGAUGAGGAAGAUGUGGAUAUGAGACGAUGAAUGGAUCAGUGCACAAUUACGAAUCUUUAAUGUACGAUGCAUGAGGUAUUAGGAAUGAGGAAUGAGGAAUAAAGAAGACCCAGGUAGGGUCUAUCAUGAUGGAUGGAUGGAUCGGUUAGGUACAAACUUGAUCGAAUUCUACGAUAUGAGGCGUUGGUUGGCAGAAUUGAAUUUGGUAUUCCAAGAGAGGAUUGAGGGAUUUUGUGUCAAGUACUUGGUAUCGAGGCUUGCUAGAGAUGUUAGGUAUUAAUAUUAUAAAAUUGAAGAUGAUGACUCC